AUGAAGUUUCUUGCACAUCCACUUCAGAUGUUCACCGCCCUCGUGGGGCUGCAUUUGGCGGUUAAAAAUCGUUUCAUAGACGAAUACUGGCAGCGGUCUGUACAGCUCGGAAGCUUUGAAAAUGCUUGGGAGGCCAUCAACAAAGAAGGAGUAUAUUACCUCAUGCUUGGAACAAGUCAUCGUCCAUACGAUUGUGUGGCUCUUAAUGUAACGGAGACGUUUCCUGGUGUAAACGUUAUUCAUUAUGAAGUUUAUAUGUAUAAUGCAUCAUUACGAAUAACAGAAAAAUACAACGGGUCAGCUAUUGUUCUUAGAGACGUACGAGGCAUACAAAGUACUAUUGAAUGGAUUAGAAAGGACAUGCGACGCAUACGGAAAAGCCAGGUUUUGUACACAGAGAAAAAAAACAAGUGCUUUGUAUUGUACUACCCCGAUACUAGUGAUUAUGAACUCUGGGCGAAUACAAACGAGACCAACUUUAUUCCCAGAUGCUGCGAGUUUGCCUUCACGUUCGUCACCUACGAACUGGAGACGUACCUCAACUUCAACCACGCAAUCUGUAAAAACGUUGUGUAGGUC